CCAGCGUCAUGGUCUCAAGGGUCAGGAGGGGGAGGAGUGCUGGUGGGUGACAGCGCUGACGGCCGCGUUAUGGACGGCCACGACGCCAGCCCUGCUGACGCCAGGCUCAGGAGUCUCGAGAAGCAGCUUAUCAUCGAGACCAAGGUAAAGCAAGGGGCCGAGAACAUGAUCCACAUGUACAGCUUCGGUCGACUGCGCGACAAGAAGCUUGUGGCGUCCGCUCAGCAGAUGCUUGCUGAUUCUCGCGCUAAGAUCGAGUAUAUCAAGAUGAGGAUCAACAGAGUUAAGCAGAACGGCAUGUGCAGCGAGUCUAGCAGCCAGGACGGCACGUACAACCUGACGACGCCGGUGGAGGUGCGGGUGGAGCAGCUGCUCCAUCGCCUGCGCGUGGAGCGCCGCUGCAUGGAGGGCGCCAGGAACGCCGUGCGCACCUUGCAGACCAACAAGAUGGCCGUGGAUAAGAAGUACCAGCAGGAGGCGCAGCAGCGUCUGGAGGAGAGCAGCUCGAAGCUUGACCUCAUCAGACAGUCUUUAGAGAACCUGAGAGGCGACCUCAGCUCCGACUCUGCUCUCAAUGCUGAGGUUGCACAGGAAUUAGAGAACUUGUCAUCAUCGUCGCCGUGCUCCUACAACUACACAAGUCUACAGCCUUGUCCCUCCACACACUCCCCCUCCAUACACGACCCCCUCAACUCCCGCCUCUCCCUCUCCUCCGCGCAGAACAAGUGGGCCGCUGUCACCGGCAAGCUAGAAGUCAGGUUGAUAGGCGUGCAGGACCUUCUUGAAGACGUGCCCGGCCGCUGUCGCCGCGACAGCCACUCUGGGGGCACGGACCUCAAGUCCCUCAUGAAGGGCGUUACUGGCAAGGCCUCCGCCAAGUCCUACUCAGUCAAGGACGAUAUCUCAAGCGAAGUGAUGGCCGUACUCAAGCUCGACAACAACAAAGUGGUCGGUCAGACCAGCUGGAAACCCUGCAGCCAGUCUGCCUGGGACCAGAGGUUCUCGAUCGACCUGGAGCGCAGCCGUGACCUGGAGAUCGACAUCUACUGGCGGGACUGGCGGUCGCUGUGCGCCGUCAAGUUCCUGCGUCUCGAGGAGUUCAUAUGUAAGGGGUCUGAUGGGUGGUGGGGUGAUGGUGCUAGUGUUGUAGGGGGUCUGAUGGGUGGUGGGGUGAUGAUGAUAAAGUUCCUUAACCCGAUGAUAUCCCGGAAGCCCAAGCUACAGCGGCAGAAGAAGCUCUUCCGUCACAACAAAAUGCCGCGCCCCAACCAAAUGAACAUCAACGUCGCCGCCUGGGGCAGACUUAUCAAGAACAUACAACCUGGCAACCAGGAGGUGUCCCACGCGGUGUCUGGGGAAGGCGGCUACCCCAGCGGGAGCGCAACACUCCCCAACAGUCCCCACCACACUUCCUCCUCUCACCACGCAGCUCCUUCCCUCCCCAACACCGCCACCCUCCCCACCUCUUCCUCCCACCACCACCACCACGACGUGGUGCCUGGCUUGUCCUCUCUGGACCUCAGCGAGGCCCUGGACAUGCCUGGGGACGAACUUCCCCCUGGGGAACACUCCAACACCUGCCGCCCUCUGGCCCUGCCCUCCUCUCCUCCCCCACAGGUGCAGCCUCACUUAUAUCCUCCCCAGCCUCCCUUCUACCUCCCCCAUCAGCUGCAGACCCAUCAGCUGCAGACACAUCAGAUGCAGUCUGGACAGACUUACCAACUGACGGACUCGUCCUUUCCGACUUACCAGACCACUGCACUGCACAAUAAUGCGUCACUGCCCAAUACCACUGCACUGCACAAUGCCACGUCACUGCACUCUAACACAGCACCAUCAUACGCUAACACUUCUCUACCAGCACACCACCAUCAUAACCCUACACCACCAUCCCCUUCAUCACAGCACCAUAUCUCUCAGUACGCUACACCGUUCCUUCCCAGCAGCGGUGUUCAUCGUCAGACAUCUGAGUCGUCACCAUACGACACCACUACCACUACCAAUAACAACCACCACUACCACCACCACCAUCACCACUCCAGUAACAGUAACAACAACAACAGGCCCGCGGUGCACAAUAAUCUUUAUAUAUCUCAGCCGCCUUCCACGAGCGUGUUUCCUUCGUGUCAGCUCCCCCAUUUGAACAGUGGGGGAACCUCUUCCUCAUCUACUCCUCCCCCACUCCUCCCCACUGCGUCCGGACAACCCCACAUACACCCAGCGCACCCCAUCACCGUACAGGUGGCGAAACGCCCCCCAUGUACCCCUCCCCCACCGCCCCCACGACCCCACAGUACGGGGGUGACCAUCACAGUGCCAGCCUCCCCCCCGCACCCCCACAAGGUCAGUUCAGCGCAUCCUCAUACCUGUCCGCAUCCUACAUGUAUACCCGGCCGCUGUCGCCGCGACAGCCACUCCGGGGGCACAGACCUCAAGUCUCUUAUGAAGGGCGUUACUGGCAAGGCCUCCGCCAAGUCCUACUCUGUCAAGGACGAUAUAUCCAGCGAAGUGAUGGCCGUACUCAAGCUCGACAACAAUAAAGUGGUCGGUCAGACGAGCUGGAAACCCUGCAGCCAGUCUGCCUGGGACCAAAGGUUCUCGAUCGACCUGGAGCGCAGCCGUGACCUGGAGAUCGACAUCUACUGGCGGGACUGGCGGUCGCUGUGCGCCGUCAAGUUCCUGCGUCUCGAGGAGUUCAUAGACGACGUCAGGAGCGGCAUGGCCCUCCAGCUCGAGCCCCAGGGUCUCNUUUGA